AGCCGCAGCAGCAGCAGCGGAGGACGGGGAGGGUGCCACCACAGCCGCCUCCGCCUCCGUGUCUAUGUCCCCCGCUCUCUGCAGGCUCUGCCCCAGGAGCAGCGUCGCCUUCGAGGGAGCAGAGAGUGGCACAGUUUUAAGCAAGAAUCUUGAAAUAGUGAAAGAUCCAGUGGAGCUUCCAUAGCAUAUCAAUUUUGAUUCCAGCUUCACUGUUCUGGAGACAAGAAAUUCUGUUUAGUGUCCAGUGAGUAUUUUCACACCAAGUCUGAUAAAAGGAACAGCAGAGGCAAAGAUACAAGGCCUAGAGAUGUUGCUAUAGGUGAUUCAUGGCAGGGGACGUGGAAGGAUUUAGUUCCUCCAUCCAUGACACCAGCGUCUCUGCUGGGUUCAGAACACUAUAUGAGGAGGGAUUGCUUCUUGACGUCACUCUUGUUAUUGAGGAUCACCAGUUUCAGGCUCAUAAAGCAUUGCUUGCCACCCAAAGUGAUUACUUCCGGAUUAUGUUCACUGCUGAUAUGAGGGAGCGAGAUCAGGACAAAAUCCACUUGAAAGGUCUGACUGCCACAGGCUUCAGUCAUGUUCUCCAGUUCAUGUACUAUGGAACCAUUGAACUGAGCAUGAGCACUGUUCAUGAGAUCCUGCAGGCUGCCAUGUAUGUCCAGCUUAUUGAGGUGGUGAAGUUCUGCUGUUCUUUUCUCUUAGCAAAAAUCUGCUUGGAAAACUGUGCAGAAAUUAUGAGACUUUUAGAUGACUUUGGUGUAAACAUCGAGGGAGUGAGAGAAAAGCUGGAUUCCUUUUUGUUAGAAAAUUUUGUGCCUCUCAUGGCUAGACCAGACUUCUUGUUCUAUCUGAGCUUUGAAAAGCUCAUGACUUACUUGGAUAAUGAUCAUCUGAGCAGGUUCCCAGAGAUAGAACUCUACGAGGCUGUUCAGGCUUGGCUGCGACACGAUAGAAGACGCUGGAGGCAUACCGACACCAUCAUUCAGAACAUCAGGUUUUGUUUGAUGACACCAUCCAGUGUUUUUGAAAAGGUGAAAACAUCGGAAUUUUAUCGUUAUUCCCGGCAAUUGCGGCAUGAGGUGGAACAAGCUAUGAAUUACUUCCACAGUGUGCAUCAGCAGCCUUUGAUGGAAAUGAAAUCAAAUCGUAUCCGUUCUGCCAAACCUCAGACUGCAGUAUUUAGAGGAAUGAUAGGACACAGCAUGGUAAAUAGUAAGAUCCUCCUCCUACACAAGCCCAGGGUCUGGUGGGAGCUAGAAGGCCCACAAGUACCUUUACGACCAGACUGCCUUGCUAUUGUAAAUAACUUUGUAUUCUUAUUGGGUGGGGAAGAAUUGGGACCAGAUGGUGAAUUUCAUGCUUCUUCAAAAGUGUUCAGAUAUGAUCCAAGGCAAAACUCUUGGUUGCGAAUGGCAGAUAUGUCUGUACCACGCUCAGAAUUUGCUGUUGGUGUUAUUGGAAGGUACAUCUAUGCAGUGGCUGGGAGGACAAGAGACGAGACAUUUUAUUCAACUGAACGUUAUGAUAUUACAGAAGAUAAAUGGGAAUUUGUGGACCCCUAUCCGGUCAAUAAAUAUGGACAUGAAGGAACUGUUCUUGGUAGCAAGUUAUAUAUCACUGGUGGAAUAACAUCCUCUUCCACUUCAAAGCAGGUGUGUGUGUUUGAUCCUAGCAAGGAAGGGACUGUGGAACAGCGAACAAGGAGGACUCAAGUGGUCACUAAUUGCUGGGAAAACAAAUGUAAAAUGAAUUAUGCAAGAUGCUUUCACAAGAUGAUUUCUUAUAAUGGCAAGCUUUAUGUUUUUGGAGGUGUCUGUGUAAUCCUGAGGGCCUCUUUUGAGUCUCAAGGGUGUCCUUCCACAGAGGUUUACGAUCCAGAUACUGAUCAAUGGACUAUUUUAGCUUCUAUGCCAAUUGGUAGAAGUGGUCAUGGUGUGGCUGUACUGGACAAACAGAUAAUGGUUCUUGGGGGCCUUUGUUAUAAUGGUCACUACAGUGAUUCAAUUCUCACUUUUGAUCCUGAAGAUAAUAAAUGGAAAGAAGAUGAAUAUCCAAGAAUGCCCUGCAAGCUAGAUGGAUUACAAGUUUGUAGCCUACACUUUCCUGAGUAUGUUUUGGAACAUGUCAGGCGUUGCAGCUAAAGAAAAAAGAACCAAAAAAAACAAAACAAAACCUAUUUAUAUGUUGAUGGGAUAGAGGGGUAGGGAAAGGGAAAGCCAGUUUAAAUCCACUGAAGAUAUUAUCCUGUGUAAUAUACCUCUUAUAUUAAUAAAGAGAAGAAAAGAGCGUACAGGGAAUGCAUCUACGAAGUUAAUUAGGAAUGCCAAUAACUAUGGUUUUGUAUUAAUUUUAUUUUUGACAUGCCCUUACUGUGUGUUCUAAGAGGGAGAAGAAUAGACGUUCUUCCAUUUCAUGUGUUUUAAACCAUAUAAUAUAUUCAGUCCGUGUGAGAGAAGACAACACACGCUUCAGGAAGUACUGGAAUAUACUGUAUUUGCAAGGUGGGUCGAAAGCAUAUAUAUUGUAUUGUGCAUUUUAACUUUUUAAACUGUCAGGACAAAAUUCAGCAGCCUUACUAGAAUAGUCUGACUUCAAAUGUAGCAGUGAAAGAGGCCUUUCAGUUUGUUCCUGUACAUUGCCUAUUCUUUUUUUAAAAAUUCAUUUAUAAGCCGCCUGAUGAUGUUUGACAACCCUCACUUUGGUUAUAGUGACAAUUUUAAAAAUAUUGGGUUUUUGCAUGAUGUUCCUCUUCAUUUUGUGCAGUUCCAGUAAGUCUGCUGAAAAGUAUACAUUUCUUAAAAAUAACACUCAAAAGUUUUCUACUAAAAUAAAUUCUAGGCUGCCUUUUGUUUGCAUUGUGGUUUGUGAAUAAACUAUACCUAUGUACACAUACAGGAAUACACCACAAGAACAAGAUAAAAUGCAUAUUUUUAUGUGCAGUUUAAAAAGUCUAUUUUUACCUAAUACACAGAUAUCGUCUAUAUCUAUUGAAUUUUAGCUGUAAUAGCACCCGUUCAUGUAUUUUAACUUGUUUGGUGAUUGGAGGCUUAUUCUAUCAAUAUAAAUUUUUGUACUUGAUAGACUGAUUGAUUCAGUAACAUUUGAAAUCUUUUUAAAGCUAAUGAUACCAAGCUGAGGCUAUACUUUUUAAUGUUUUUAAAAAUAAGCCAGAGAUCCCAGCUUAUCCUCUCAGUACUUUAUUCUUGAAUUACAUAUCAGAGAUGGUCCCUAACUCUGCCCUGCGUAAAGGGUAGUUGUGCUUUCCCUUAGACAUUAUAGUUAGAUGUAUUAAAAUGGAACAGUAUCUUGCAC